AUGAUCCGCAGCAACGGUUACCAGUCAUUGCAAUCAGGAGCAUCUGGAUUUGCUACUGGCCAUGUUGGUGCCAUCAAUGCUUUGGACAUUGAACAACAAUACUCCCGCUACCUGCUCUCUGCCGGAGCAGACUCUUCCAUUAAGAUUUGGGACUUGGGUGAGAAAAGAUUACCCUUACCAAAAUCACCACCACAAAAUGAAGGCGAUAAUGAUGACAAUGAUGGCGAUAAUGACGAUGAUGACGAUGAUGACGAUGAUGAUCUCAAUUAUGACAACUCUCCAAGCUCCUUUCAUGACGAAACCUCUUCAGCAACUGAUGCAAAAGCUUCAACUAACCUCUCUCGAAAACGAGCCGCAUCCAACAGUUCCGGUACAUACGGACCGCCUCAACCUCCCACCACAUUCUCAAAAAAGCGCCGCAUAACAUCAUCCGCUUCACAUUCCUCACUCGGGUCAAACUCCAAACCAUUCAAGUACUCGCUGGUGGCACAGGUCCCGCGCAAAACUCACCACCGUUUCGGUGUCAGCGCCAUCCAAUGGUACCCGGAAGACGCGGGUCUAUUCGUUUCGGCCUCUUUCGAUCAUACUGUCAAGGCCUGGGACGCAGAAACAUUGGACCCUGUCUACUCGUUCAAUCUCGAGCAUCGUGUCUAUUCAGCUCACGUAGCCCCCGACUCUGCAGCCCACGCCCUCAUUGCAACUGCAACAGAAUCUCCCUUGUUGCGGUUACUGGAUUUACGCUCUGCUGCCGCUGCACAUACCCUCAAAGGACAUGGGGCAGGAGGAUUACGAUCAGUCCGCUGGGCUCCUACUCAGGCUCAUCUCUUGGCUUCUGGAGGAACUGAUGGAACCGUACGUCUUUGGGACAUUCGUCAAAGUAAGGCUUGUCUUGACAUUUUAGAUGUAUACAGAACACAAGCUGAUAUUGACCGCAAUACUACUGUAAAAAAAGGUUCAAUAUGCAACAGAACUACAAAUUCUUCUCCUAAUAACAAUGCCACUCCAGCUGCAAAUCUCUCUACGAAAAUAUUCUCACAUCGGGGGACAGUCAACAGUCUAUUGUGGUUGCCAAAUAGUGAAAAUUUGCUUUCAGCCGGUACCGAUGACGAAAUCAGGCUCUGGGCAAUCCCUGACUAUUCGAUUCAGCAGCAGAAGUUACAAAGAUCAACACCGCGCGCUCACAAUACACUACUAAAUUAUGGCCGCCUUGUUAGCAAUAGAUUUCCACAAACACUAUAUAUGUGUAUAGCGCAUGAUUGUGGGGUUGAGAAUGAAAAAGGAGAAGAAAAUCAAUUCAAUUCUAGUCGCAUUAAUAAAGAUUCGGAAAUAUUUUUUUUCCCAUCAGAUUCUGGCCAAAUUCUCGUUUUCGAUGUCUUUUCGGGCCACCUCUUGAAUAGGCUCGAUAGACGUACCCGCGAAGGAAUUUAUGCAACGGAUAUUCCUCGCACCACAUGUAUUACCUCACGCGGCCGUGAACCUUCCAGCUUAUCCAAUUCCCUCAAAAACAGUUCUUUGGAAUACUAUUCUGGCGCACUUGACGGUACCAUUACACGCUGGGUUGUGUCUCCUCCUUCUACGUUGCAAGAGAACGAUUACAACAGCAAUCAGCAACAUUCCCAAGAUUCUUCAUUGUUGCAAAAUGCAACCAAAAACGUAGACUUUAACGAGAACGAGGAUAUUGGCGGUGAUGGCUACAAUAAACUGACUACGACUAGUCCAACCUUGGACGAUGCGGCACUGAUUAAAGUCACUACUACCACUAAUGACGCAAAAGACAAGGACUCCGAUGAGUCCAAUAGUGACAACGACUACGAAUGGGCUGGAAACGCUCUUGCAAGCUUAAAAUAA